AUGUUUGAUCCAGCCGAGACAAACGCCACGGAGAUCUUCCAACUCCAGAGAGCUGAUGACGAAGAAUCCAACAGAAGGUUGGACGCUAUGAAAGCCAUGGUUCCAAUGAAGUUAUUUUACAACCGGUUCUUGGAUGGUUGGAACUCUCUUGACGCCGAAGUGCAAUCCACUGUCCCAGUCGAUGACAAAGCUGCAGUGUCAAGAGCCUAUGCCAAGCAUAUUCUUUCGCACUAUCUCCCUGAAGCUGACCUCACAGAUGCCAAAAUUGACGAGUUUUGCAAUGAUGUCCACUCAUUUCUAACUUUAUAUGAUAAAGUUAUUUUACAGCAGGUGAAGGGCGCCCAUCUAGUGCUACUGAAUGCAAAAAAGGGCUAUGCCGACAAAUUCCCUCUUGGCAUGCAAAGCGUUAUGUCAUUAGCUAAAAUUGAUGCCGAAUUUGCCAAUGAAGCCUUGGAGCUGUAUGAUACCGAUCUCUACGCAGUCAAACGACUCCAUGGGACGUUCACACGAGGAGGCCUUACAAGGGACCUUUUGGAACUGUGCAACUUCAAGUUAUCGCCUGAAGAGACUGAUACGAAGUCUUGUUUUCAAACUCGUGUCAGCGUAAAAGUGGAUUAUACUAGGGAAAAUUGGCGAAAAAUCGUCAAAGAUCAUAAGAAUAGACCCAAUAAGGCGCAGGUCAAUGUGGAUACUUUUGCUGCAACAAGUAUUUCUGAUGUUGCCGUACCUGCAAGCAAUUUGGAGUUCAUCGUUCAGCAUGAUCUCGUCUCGUGA